AUGCUUGAGCCAAAUCAUAUAUCGACGAACAACAAUAGUAGACAACAAAAUUUUAAAUUCUUGGUCGUUGAUUCAGGACCUUUAAUUAAAGGUGUUGAUGUUCGUCAUUUAGCCGAGAAGGUUUAUACUGUACCAGAAGUAAUUUUGGAAAUUCGGGACAAACAUUCCCGCGAUUUUUUAACACAAAUUUCGUUUGACAUUGAAACUAUACGUCCUGAUAGCGAGGCUUUGAAUGAAGUUGUAAAUUUUUCGAAAAAAACUGGAGAUUAUGCAAGUUUAUCUGCUAUUGAUUUGAGAGUUUUGGCAUUAACGUAUAUGCUUGAAGUUCAAGUAAAUGGUGCGGAACGAUUACGUAAAGAACCUAUUAGAUCAAUCACACAAUUUAGUGGCAAUCAUAAAAAUUUGAAAAAAGCUAGAAAUGAUACACAAUUUGGUAACAAUCAUAAAAAUUUGAAAAAAGUUGAAAAUGAUACACAGUUUGGUGAUAAUCAUAAAAACUUGAAAAAGGUUGAGAAUGAAAAAGUUGAAAAUGAGGAAGUUGAAAAUGAAAAGGUUGAGAAUGAGGAGGUUAAAAAUGAGGAGGUUGAAAAUGUAAAGGUUGAAAAUGAAAAGGUUGAAAAUGAAAAAAUUGAAAAUGAAAAAGUUGACAAUGAAAAGGUUGAAAAUAAAAAGGUUGAAAAUGAGAAA